AUGAAGUUCCUCCUCACAUCGGCGCUGCUUGCGUCCACGACUUUGGGCUCCGUGGUUCCAAGAGCUGGACAGAAGGUCGACUACAAUGGCUUCAAGGCCCUUCGCAUCACCUUGCCAGAGGGUUCCGAGAGUGUCAAGGCUCAGGUUGAGGACCUCGUCGCCCACGUUCUCAACCCUGGCAAGUCUGCUGAGCUUGACGUCGUUGUUGCGCCCCAGGAUGUCGAGGCUCUGAACGCUCUCGUUGGAGAGAGCAAGGUCAUCGCCGAGGAUGUUGGUGCUGUUCUUGCAGACGAGGGCGAGGUAUCAACCUACGCUGUGCCAUCGGAGUCGUGGUUCACCGCUUACCACCCAUACGCUGACCACCUUCAAUUCUUGCGAGACUUGCAGGCCGGCUACACCGGCAACUCUGCUAUCAUCACAGCCGGAACUUCCGUCCAAGGCCGCACCCUUACCGGUAUCCAGAUCUGGGGAAGUGGAGGCCGCGGAUCCAAGCCAGCGGUCAUUAUCCAUGGCAACGUCCACGCCCGAGAAUGGAUCACAUCCAUGACCACCGAGUACUUUGCCUGGCAACUAUUGACCAAGUACUCCUCGGACGCAACCAUCAAGUCCCUGGUCGACAAGUUCGACUUCUACAUCACCCCCAUCGUCAACCCGGACGGCUUCGUCUACUCCCAGACCACCGACCGUCUCUGGCGCAAGAACCGCUCCGUCGUAUCCGGAAACUCCUGCGUCGGCACCGACAUCAACAGGAACUGGCCCUACAAGUGGGAACUCACAAACGGCGCCUCCACCAACCCCUGCUCCGAAACCUACAAGGGCACCUCCGCCGGCAACACGCCCGAGAACCGCGGCGUAGUCGCCCAGGUAAACCAACUCCGCGACUCGCGCGGCAUCCGCCUGUAUCUCGACGUGCACUCGUACGGCCAAUACAUCCUCUCGCCCUACGGCUACGAUUGCAGCGCGCGCCCAGAGAACAACGCACAGCACCUGUCCCUCGCGCAGCGCGCGGCCGCCGCUAUCCGCGCUGUGUCCGGCACGGCGUACACGACGGGCCCGUCAUGCUCGACGCUGUAUGCGACGACGGGAAGCUCGACGGAUUACACGGAUGUUACGGGUAAUGCUACGUACUCGUUUACGUACGAGUUGAGGGAUAAGGGCACGUUUGGGUUCAGUCUGCCGGCGAAUCAGAUUCAGCCGACUGUUGUGGAGACUUGGGCCGGGCUGGUGAGUAUGUUGAAGGAUGCUUAG